AUGCCUCAUCAAUAUAGAAACUUUAAUUAAACAUAUUAUCCAGUAACUUUACAUAAGUGUCAUGAAGUACUUAAGUGAGUGUGCCUCUGAUUGAAUUACUCAGCUUUUCUGGGGUAAUGAGUUUUGUGAGUAUGUCUGUCACAGCCUUUCAGACUACAAUAACAGCAAGGUCUAUUUGAACUGUUCUUGUCAGCUAACAAGGGACCAGUUUAGCGCCACCAGCAGAAUUAAUAAAUUACGCGGUGGAUACCGUCAUUCAAAAUAGUUAAUUUCCGUCACAGACUUGGAGACCAUCUGUUUCUAGCCUAUAUCCUGCUUUCACUCUACCAGAUAUGCUCUGAACGGAAGUGCUGACUCCUGCAAGAGGCUCAGUGUACCGAACAUUAUACAAGCUUUAGUGAAAACGCUGAUGCAGAUGGACUGGAGGUUGAAUUGGACAUGCCACCACAGGGAGGAAGGGGGGGAGAGUAAAGAUGACAUGAUACAGGGAGCCAGGAGCCUUAAGUGCAUAUGGUUGCUGUGCAUUUAAGGGUAAUGACCUGUACAUAAAUACGGUAUGUGUUUUGCCUCCACAUACUCAGGGGAUGCGCAAAUUAUUACAAAAGUAAUUUCUCACAUCUCAAGGUAAAGGCUAAUAUUUGUCAUUCUGUGAAAAUGCAGAAUCAUUUCUAAAACCAUUUAGUGAUCUAUAAGGAAGAGGUAUUAUAGCUGAGGUAUUGAAUUUGUUAUUAAAAUAUAUCUAACAUUUUCAAAAAUAAUAUGGAGAGGCAAGAGGUUAGUCUCCCUUGUGUGUGUGUGUGUGUGAGAGAGAGAGAGAGAGAGAGAGUGUGUUGGGGCUGGGAUGUUUAAUCUGGAUUAAAGUGGACCGCAGCCAUCCUUUCCAUAAUCAGAUUGGUGCGCUGAUGUUCGCUAAAUCACAUCUGGAUGAAGGCAGCAAGAGGGAGGUGUUGAACUAUGUUCGGGUGCGCAUCUCCAUGGCAAUAUUACCAUAUCCCGAUGCCAUUCGGUCGGAACUACAAACUGUUCAAAGUCGGCGAAUUUCAUUUCAUCCGUUACGCGUCGUGAUAGAAUCAGAUUUGGACCGGUGGCACGUGCACAGCUGUACAGCACCCUGGGGUAUUUACUAAAUCCAUCGUGCAUAGCAUAUGGGCUUCCUUGCGGAUGACCGAAAAGCCAGCGAUUACGAGUAUUUCAAAGAACAUGUAUGAAGGCACCGAAUGGAAUGUGCGCACUGUAAUGCUGUUAGGUUUCUGAACUCAUAUUAUCAGGAUGUAACAAAAUGUCAAAGAGACUCCGCACGUACAAAUAUUUUGAAAGACCACAACAAAUGCUGCGGGGAAAUAUCUCAUUCUUCUCUUUUCAUCGUCGUUGACAAUAGUCUCUACCCAGAAAGUUUCUGGACCGCAGGGAGCAAAUCAAAACAUCGCACCAUCUUUCAGUGACUCCCAAGAAGUCGGGUCAGUCCCCCCAGUGCUGAAAAUUAUUUGGUCUCUCCACGUCCAGAGACGCCACAGGUUUCCGCCACCGUGUUUAGACAGCUGUUGUUCAUCUCUGCUUUUGGCACCACUGAGCUCCACAUACGAUGGCAGUCUGAACAUGUUUUAGAGAGUCUGGAGUGCCUUCUUCUGUGUGAAGAUAAGAAAUGGCUGAGACCAUAGGAAAUGAUGGAGGACCCAAAAAUCGAGGGCUCUGCCCAACUCCUCCUCCUCCAGGGGCUCAUGGUGCAACGAAAAGGGGGAUUGUGAUCCAGCUGACGGGCACAGAGGGUGAGUGGGACAGCCUGGAUGACAACGAGCUGAUCUUCACCCUGGAGCGAGACCAGGGAGGAGCGAGUGCCCUUCUACCCAAACAGAUAUCCUGUCCUGACGAGGACGACUGGGGAUUGCGCUCACAGGCAUUCCACGUUCCACUCUCGCCCUCCUCGCCAGGCUCCCUGGGGGAUUUGACGGCCUCCAUGCCCAGCUUCCUCUCCCCGGGGCUGCCGUCCCCCACGCACCGACCCAUGGCCAACCUGGUGAAGUCCCUCUCCACCGAGCUGGAGCCCAAGGAGGCUUCCUCCUCAUCCUCCACCCUCAAGCCGAGGCCCUUUCUCAGCCUGGUGAAGUCCAUCUCCACCGAGCUCUCCCGUAGUGAGCCGGAGGUGUCCCAGUCGAAGUCCGACUCGCGGCUCAACCUGCACCUGCUUAGGCAGCUCGGCCAGUCCAAAGACUCCCGCACAGCCCCAGCUUCCCCGGUCAGCCUCUCCCCCCCAGAGUCUAAACCAGGCUUCUUCAAGACGGAACUGGAGGACACCAGACGGAAGCUUCAAGAGGCCAUGCAGGAACCUCUCAGCAUGUUCAACAAGAUGAUGGGUGAUGACAGCAGCGUGUCCAGCAGCCCCAAGCACCAUAGGACAGCCAGCUCGGUGGACUCCCCAAGCUAUAAAGGCUUUUACGCAGUCAUCGGCAGAUCCACCGGGGAUUUGACCGCGACUGACUCCCAGGCUCGGAACACCAAGACAGAAGGUGACUUCAACCUGCCCAUCUGUAACUGGCCGGUCGAACACGGCAAGAGGAAGGGGUCCUGUGCUUACCAUGAGCACCACGGCCGAUUUAAGGACCUCAACCCCUCUUUGGAGCUCUGCUGUCACGGAGGUGGGAUCAUGCAGGUGAUGGGGGUCGGUCCCACGGCACAGCCUAGGAACCACCACACCCCUCAUGUGCCAGCCGUGGGACUCUGCCUUCUGGCUGUCCUGUUCUACUCUUACUUUAUCCUGCCUUUGACUGCAUAUAUGUCAGGCCUCUGCCUUGGCUUGAUCUUUGGCUUCAUGAUAGGACUUCUGCUCAUCCGCCUGGGCAUGAGUAGACAGGCCACUCCACCUUACAGACGCAAUAUUAACCAAUACAACUAUGGUCGUCCAAGUGACCUCCAAGGUGAUCCACCCUGCUUAAAGGGCUGGAUGAAUGAGAUGUACGCUUACGACCCAGACUACUACCAUCCGUCCUUGACACACUCGGUGUACGUGUCUCUGGAGGGCCCGUGCCUGAGGCUGGACUACCCCCGCCAGAACAUCAGGCGCAGGGCUACCUUCGACGAGCAGCCCCAGGAGUCGACUUUCGUCCGCUCGCGGAAUGUCCAGCUCACCAGCAGCAAGGUGUUCCUGCGCCCAGCAGCUCUGGCACGCAAGCGGGUGUGGAAUCAGAAGUACCCCAUCUGCAUCACGCUGGCCGAGGGCGAGCAGCCCGUGGUGGAGGAGCUGAGGGACGAGACCCAGGCCGGGGGUGGGGGCGGGGGUGGAGGUGGGGGUGGAGGCGAGCAGCAGCAGCAGAGAGAGGAGAAGCCUGUCACAGCGCCAGCCAAACCCAAACCUGGCCCCCCCACCACUCUGUACCUAUUUGGCCGAACAGGGCGAGAGAAGGAGGAGUGGUUUCAUCACCUCCUGGCGGCCUCCAGGACGGAGAGUCAGGACAGGCUGAACAGAUGUGGCUCCAGAUCUGACGUGUCAGUGCCUCACGUGGAGACCCCCAGCAGCCCAGUGCAGUCCAGCAGGCUCUCCAGUCGGGGGAGCACCGAGGACCUGGCCUCCGUGUUGCUGUGCUCCCGCGACCUGGCGGGCAGGGUGCGGGGAAACACCCUGCUGCAGGACUACACCUCCUACAUGGGCACCCUCCUGAGGUCCCAGGGCCCCAGCCCUGCAGCCAGCCCCGGGCCCAGCAGCACCAAGGCCAGCCCCACAGCCCCAGAGAAGGAAGUAUGCUGUCACAUAGAUGCCCCUCAAUCUGUCUGGAUCAAUUCCCUGAUUGGCCGGAUCUUUUGGGACUUCCUGCAGGAGAAGUACUGGGCUGACGUGGUCGCGCACAAGAUUCAGAAGAAACUGAGUAAAAUAAGGUUGCCUUACUUCAUGAAUGAGCUGACUCUCACUGAGUUAGACAUGGGCUCGUGCAUGCCUCAAAUUAUCAACACGUACGAACCCCGUAUCAACUGCAGAGGCCUGUGGCUGGAGCUGGACAUAGAGUACACAGGAGCUCUGCAGAUGACCCUGGAGACCAAGAUCAACCUGACCAAACUGGGCAAGGACAGCCUGGAGCCCGACCGUGUGGUGGAGACAGGAGGAGCCGGCGUGCCCAAGCUGUGUGUGCUGGAGGACAGUGACGAGGAGUCGUCCAGCGCAGGUUCCACUGACGAGGAGGAGGUGCCCCUCACUGAGCCGCAGUGGAACCUGGGGGAGAAGGGGAGUCCGGUCGGCUCGGAAGGCCCUGCUGCCAGUGGCAGGACAGGUCGGAGGAUUUUGAGAUUUGUCGACAAAAUCGCUAAGUCUAAGUACUUCCAGAAAGCCACGGAAAACGAGUACAUCAAAAAGAAGAUUGAGGAGGUGUCCAAUAUGCCCCUGCUGCUCACCGUCGAGGUCCAGGAGCUGUCCGGGACGCUGGCCGUCAACAUCCCUCCGCCCCCCACCGACAGGAUUUGGUACAGUUUCUGUGACCCUCCUCAGCUGGACCUGAGGGUGCGUCCUAAACUGGGGGAAAGGGAGGUGACCUUCUGCCACGUGACCGAGUGGAUCGAGAAGAAGCUACAGGACGAGUUUCAGAAAGUGUUUGUGUUGCCAAACAUGGAUGACAUUUACCUGCCGCUCAUGCACUCGGGCAUGGACCAGCCUGCUGGCACCCAGGACCCCCCUGCCGGUUCACCGCUGCACAGCUCCAUGGAGUCCAUCGAGAGGAUUCCCCCGGAGCUCUCGGUAGAGUGGGAGUAGUGCCACCCUGUGGACGCCCAUGAAAAUGCAGUGCUUGUCAGUGUUUACAUAUUGUAACUGAAUGGCAACCUCCUCCCCAGCCAACCAGACAUGCUGUAGCUGCCUGUGUACCGUGUCAAAAUGUGCUCUCCAUAGAGCCUGUUGCAAUGUGGCUCACCGUGCUUUAGUUAAUAAACAUUGUUGAAGCAGGA